AUGAACGCCAGCGCCUACACCAUCACCAGCGCCAGCAUCGACGCCUGCACCAGCGCCCGCGCCUACGCUGGCACCAGCGCCAGUGCCUACGCCGGCGUCCACGCGUGCGCCUCCGCCGGCAUCAACGCCAUCACAUACACCAGUGCCGACACCAGCAUCGCCGGCAUGAGCGCCAGCGCCUACACCAGCACCAACGCCAGCAUCGACGCCAGCGCCAACGCCCGCGCCUACGCCGGCACCAACGCCAGAGCCUACUACGCCACCGUCGACGCCACACCGACGACAGCACCAACGCCGGCGCCUACGCCGGCAUGA